AAACGACAUGUUUCGAUGUACUAAAAAAAAUAUAUAUUUGUAGUGUCUUCAUGACACUGCCUACUUAGUCGCCCAAUUUUAUUAACGUCAUCAGCUUAGACAAGAUGUAGAUUCCCUUUUAACUACAAUUUCUCCUGACUUUCCUGAGAAUUUCUAAUGGCGUGUUGUUUAGUAAAUUUUAAGAGCUAUAGGAAAGAUAUUUAAUCUGUUUUUUUUUCCAGAUAAUUCUGAGUAGGAACUGAACCAAAUUAAUGUUAAACAAUAUUAUUACUAUUUGCUUGUUUAAACCCAUUUGUUAGCCGCAUUAGCCUAACUAAUUUUGUGAUAUAGAUCUAACUAAUUAAAUGAUAGUGUUCUAAGUCUGCAUAAGCGUACUUUUACCUGAGUUAUAAAGUUUCUUAAAGUCUGUCCCUAAGUAACUUAUACACGACUCAAUUUCCUCCCCACUAUCUAACAAAUCCAGAAUAUCUGAUAAGUGGCUGAUAUAUUACGUCGAAUUGCACACUAAUGAUGCCUGAUAUUUUAUUUUCUCUACGAACUUAAAGUUGAGAUGAAUGAAAUUUUUUUAAUUAACCCCAAUUUAAUAUAAUGUAUUUAAGAAUGAUAACUAUUUAAAUAAUUGUAAUUAUAGAAUCGAGAUAUUACUCAGUUGCUAGUUUCGUGAGCGAAACUUGUUAUAUCAAGAGAGAUUUGACGCUCUGGUUGUCAAAAAUGCUAGAUCACAGAAAGAAAUUUCCUUUGCGUGUUGCCAUGUGAUGGAGCAGUUGUCUAGGCGUUGAGACUUACUUAUCUAAUGAGUUUGCUAAGACAUACAUUUUUAUUGCAUGGGGGAGUUUAGCUUUGCUACUCAUGACCACGACUGUGUGAAAAGAAAUAAAAGUCUUGAGAUUCAUCCGACACUACUUCAUUCUUAUUACUCCUUUGUGUUUGACAGGAACACGUCUCAUUCAAACUUUCGACUAUCUAAGGCGAUCAUAUACACUGACUUAUUUCGAGAUAUUAAGACGUCAUAACUUAUCGAUAACAUACUGUGUUGAAACGUAUUAAAUUAUUUCAAAAGUCUACGAAGUUGUAAUCUAAUUAUUUUUUUUAUCUAAAGUGUUAAUAAUAUUUAAAUAUGAACUGCUUAUGUAGAAACACGGUGAUUGUUCUAAACUUCGCCAUUUUAUUAAUCAUAUUAGUGUCUGGAAUAAAAGGUUUUCAAGGUUCCGAAGCAAAGGAAGUGCCUAGUGACGAUUCAAGUGACUGUUGGUCGACUGCCAAUAUCACAUGCAUCAAAGCCAUUAUUUUGGAACCGUUUAAGGAUAUUUGGAAUAAAAAAGAGAUCAGACUCACGGAUUCGGCUGUGAUUGAGAGAACAGCAAACAUUUCAGUGGAAGAUAACGGAACUGUACAAAUUAAAUCUGCAGAAGAGAGCCAAGGCCGAGGUUAUGGCGAUGUUGAUCAGACGGUGGAGAACAUCGGAAAAUUUCUCAGCACACAUGCGCUUCGGAUUAAUCUGUGGAAUUUUACGACACUUAGAAUUGAAAGGUCGCAAGAAAAUCCGGAAAAUUUUGAGAUAAUUUUUUAUACGAAUCGAGGAAGUACCGAUAUUGAUUCAAGGGCGAAGGACAGCCGUAUGUGGAAGAUCAUUGUUCCUCUUGUGAUGGGGUUCAAGUCGACUGGGAUCCUCAUUUUCGCCAUUACUGCCGUUAAGCUGUUUCUUCUUAAGGCCCUCAUGAUCAGCAAGAUAGCACUCCUUGCGGCCGGGUUCCUCUUAGGCAAGAAGCUGAUGAGUUCGGUCGGAGUUCAGGAACACCCGUAUCAACAACACCCUUAUCUCUUGGCCAACCAACCACUCCAUUACUAUAACGACCAAGGACUGGUGGGUGGCCUCCCCACAGGAUACGCUUAUUCUAACUACGUGACGGCUGGGGGUAAUUAUGGAUCCGCCACUGGAAAUGGUUUCGGAGCCUCGGCUUCUGAUGGAGUAGCCGCUACUGCUGCUGAUGACCUGCAAGCUCAUUUCACCAGUAAUGUCUUAACCAGUGCACAAGCCAUCACGGCCAAUCACACGACCACAAGGAAAGACGGUACGCAGAGAAGAUUCCUCCGUCCAGUGAAAAGCCGCCUUAAUCGGAUUCCGAUAGUGACGUACCGGAAAGUCGUGGACACUGGCAGGAGUUCUUGAACCAUUUCCACGGCUAUUUUUUGUUUUUAUUUUCCCCAAUUGCAGUCAUCAGUGUCUGAAGUGCUUGCAUCUGUCGGCCAUUGCAUAUUACAAAAUAGCGUAUAAGCCACGCAAAUGUGACUUUGAUCGACUGUAUACGGACAUGUGAAUUUUAAAUGCAGUGUAUUUCUUCGCUGCGUUAUUUUGUUAAACAAUGGUACCUUCUAAGUGCUAAUGAAUAGUCUUAAGUAAUUUAAAUAUAUUUAUAAUUAUUUAUUUUAUUGUAUUUGUUAAAAUAAAAGCCUACUUUAGUUCGCUAAUAAUGAUAGAUUUACAAUAAAUAGGUUGUUAUUCUACUGCAGUACAUUUUUGUGAGUGAUAUAAUUUUUUGUUAAUUUAAUAUAAAUGUACCCAUGUCGGUAUCAAAGUUCUGAAAAUAUAUUUA